GCGCGCAAGCCAGGGGAGGAUAAUGCAAGAAGGAAAAGAAGAGAGCGGUGCAGCAGCACCUCCUCUAUUGGCACUGAAUCAUGUGUCUAGGCUGUGUAGAAACGUGAAGAAGUCCAUUGAUUUCUAUACCAAGGUUCUUGGUUUUGUGUUAGUUGAAAGACCUCCAGCUUUAGACUUUGAUGGUGCUUGGUUGUUCAAUUAUGGGGUAGGGAUUCACUUGGUGCAGUCCAAGGACGAUGAUAAGUUGCCUUCCGACUCCCACCAUUUGGAUCCCAUGGACAACCAUAUUUCUUUCCAGUGUGAAGAUAUGGAAGAAAUGGAGCAAAGAUUGAAAGAGUUCAACACCGAGUACAUAAAGAGGACAAUGGAGGACGAAAGUGGAACUAAGAUCGACCAGCUGUUUUUCAACGACCCAGAUGGAUUCAUGGUUGAAAUAUGUAAUUGCGAGAAUCUUAAGCUUGUUCCUGCUGGAUCUAUGGGAAGGAUAAAGCUUCCAUUUGAUCGUCACAAUCCGCCGCUGGAUUUGGAUGCAAAUUCCAACCCUAGCUACUCAUAUUAAUUAAUUACGAAUACAUCGUCCAGUGAUUGUAAUUUAAUUGCAGCUUUAAUACCAGAUUGUUUCUUUCCUUUUCCA